AUUUUAAUCAAUGAAUGAAUGAAGAGUUUAAUAUUUGCAAAUCAAUUAUCACCGGAUUGUCCCUCAGAUGCGGUGAUAAUGUGACACAAAUUGUUCACAAAAUGAUCGCCAAAUGGGAAGACUUUAACAUAAACUCAAAACACAUCGUUAGAGUGGAUGUACUGAAAGACAAUGUGCUGAUCAUAACCGCCGCCACUCCUGAAGCCAAUCAAAAAUUGUUAAAAUCCGCAAAAAAUCAUUUGAAAACUAAUCCAAGUAUUAAAUGGACUGAAAUGGAAGGAUUCACUUUUGCCUUCACUUCAGACAAACUGAUCACUUGUUUCGAGAGCAGCGAAAUCACGGCCGAAGACAUCGUCGCCGUCACCCGUGACUACAAAUACAGGUCACGCGACGGCUCGGCUAUGCUUUUUGUGACCGCCAAAGAUGUCACUAAAAAGCGUCUGAUUCUCGAAAUGACCAAAAGCUUGGAUUCAAAGCUCGCUUUCAAAGACUACAUUGGAUUCAAACACUAA